GUUUUCGUCGUUAUAAGUCUAUAGGACCAUAGGCAAAACGGUAACUGGCUAUAAUUUAACGUCAAUUAUGAUUUGUCGAUUGUUAAUCACUUUCGCGUGGACGCUUUCCGUCUUCGCAAUAUUUGCGUCGGCGAUCCCUUACACAAGGGAUACUAAGGAGAUGCCCAUGAUGGUUCCGGACAAGGAAACAGGAGCUCGGGUAGCGAAAUGGACCAAGGAAAUGAAUGUAAAUCCUGAGGAAUUGGGCGGCUAUUUUGAAGGAGACAUUAUGCUCAUCAAAAACACUAAUAGAAACGGACUUAAAAAUGAAGCCACACGUUGGCCUAAUCGCGUUGUUCCCUACAAAAUCAGUGGUAACUUCAAUAAAGAUCAAAAGAACCUUAUACACAAUGCAAUGAAAGCCUAUCACAAUUAUACAUGCAUCAGAUUUAAACCGCAGCGAAAGGAAAAGAAUUAUGUCAACAUCAUUAGUGAGAACACUGGGUGCCAUAGUAAUAUUGGCAGGAUUGGCGGUCAACAAAUAGUAAACUUACAGAUUCCUGGUUGUGUAACAUUGAUAGGUACCGCGAUACAUGAGCUCAUGCACGCCCUCGGUUUUUUUCAUGAGCACACCAGAGAAGACCGAGAUGAUUACGUGGAUAUCAUUUGGAAUAAUAUUCAAGAACCUACCAAAGGUAAUUUCGUGAAAGAUACGCCGGGGACUGCCGACUCUUUCAAUACGUCUUACGAUUAUGGCAGCGUGAUGCACUAUUCAGCAUACGCGUUUGCCAUAGAUAAGGAAGAGAAAACCAUUGUGCCUACGGAAGAUCCAGACGCAGAAAUCGGCCAAAGAGAGGGCUUUAGUGAAGGCGAUAUUAAAAGAAUCAACACAAUGUACAAUUGCGCCUAAUGUCGGCGUAAUCGGCAUUUACCGGCCGCAGACGUCUGAUGUAUUGAUAAAUGGAUACGACUUUGAUAAUGUUUUUAUGUAUUAAUAAGAAAUUCUAAAUUAGAAAUAUUUAACAUUCACGCAUACUGUGUAUAAAUACACUACUAUGUUUUCUUUUCUGCAACUGGUGAAUGUAAUCGGCAUUUUAUUAUGUAUUUAUGUAAUUGUUAUUAAAUAUUACAAUAUUGUAAAUGUACUUGUGCAUCUCAUGUGUACAAAUGUACAUAUUGAAUAUAAAUAUAAUACGUGCAUCAUA